CCAUCUUUCUAGACGUUCUGUAGUUGCUGAUGCACUGUGGAGACAGGAUCUGGAAAAGACCGACACAUCGUUCAAAAUGAAUGCACUUCUGCUUAUUUCGCUCCUCUUUGGAGUUGCUUACGGUAGUGAUGUUAUAGAUUUUACAGAUGAUGACUUCAAAGACAACAUUGGAGACCAUUCACUGAUAUUAGUGGAGUUUUUUGCUCCGUGGUGCGGCCAUUGUAAGAAAUUGGCUCCAGAGUUCGAGACCGCUGCCACCACCCUCCAGAGGGAGAGUCCUCCAAUUGCCUUGGCUAAGGUUGACUGCACAGCCAACACCCAAACAUGUGGUGCCUAUGGUGUAUCCGGCUACCCUACCCUCAAAGUAUUCCGCAAUGGAGAACCCUCAGAUUACCAAGGUCCCAGGGAAUCUGCUGGUAUCAUUUCCUUCAUGAAGAAGCAGGCUGGACCCAAGUCUGUCGUCAUCGCGACGGAAGCACAAUUUGACGACUUUACCUCCGGUGCCACUGCUGCCAUCGUUGGAUUCUUUGCCGAUGAAACAAGCGCUGGAUUGAAGGAAUUCAAGAAACUUACCGAUGCUUUCUUUGAGGAAUUCAGAUUUGCUUACACCCUUGAUUCUGGUCUGGCUGAAAAACACUCAGGCACAGAUAAAGUGGUUCUCUUCAGACCGCCACAACUCGCGAGUAAAUUUGAAGAGAGUCAAGCGGUGUUCGAUGGAGCCAUCAAAAAGAAGGAUGUUGAGAAAUUCAUCAGAGAAAAUGUCCAUGGACUUUGUGGUUACAUGACAGCAGAUAAUCAAGCACAGUUCACCAAGAAGCCACUCCUGACUGCCUAUUACAAUGUCGACUAUAAACUGGACAAGAAAGGAACCAACUACUGGAGAAACAGAGUAAUGAACGUUGGUCGGGAAUUCAUCGGUUCGGUCUACCUGUCCAUCGCCUCUGCUAGUGACUUCCAACGAAAGCUGGACGACUACGACACCAGUUUUGACGCAGAAGGUGGAUCUCCUGUGGUUGCUAUUGAAGGGGCCAAGGGCGAGAAGUUUGUCAUGCCAGAGAAAUUCACAGUUAAAACACUUAAAGCAUUCAUCCAGGCUUUUGUAAAUGGUGAGCUAGAGCCUUUUAUCAAGAGCGAAGAUAUACCAGCGUCCAAUGAUGGCCCAGUCAAGGUGGUUGUUGGCAAAACCUUUGAUGAGAUAGUAAACGAUGAGACUAAAGACGUCCUCAUUGAAUUCUAUGCACCUUGGUGUGGCCAUUGUAAGACCUUGGAGCCUAAAUACAAUGAAUUGGGAGAAGCGCUCAGUGGAGAUAAUAACAUUGUCAUAGCCAAGAUGGACGCUACCGCCAAUGAUGUACCCCCAGCAUUUGAGGUCAGAGGGUUCCCAACCCUUUAUUGGGCACCAAAGAACAACAAAUCCAGUCCCAAGAAGUACGAGGGUGGUCGAGAGGUCCCCGAUUUUAUCAAGUUCAUCAAAAAAGAAGCCACAAGUAAACCAGUCAACACCGGAGACAAGACCGAGUUGUAAAAAAAAAAUCCAUCAGUAAACAAAUAAUAAGAAUUCACCGCCUAUAGACAUUCAGACAACAAAUAUGGAGAGAAGAUUAGGGACUAUUGAUAUAAAGAUAUAUCUUUAUCUGGAGAGUGUAGUUAAACUAGAUAUUUUCAUGAAGGCCAUUUUCACGCCAAGACAUUUUCCCCCAGCUUAGAGCCAGAAGGGCAUUAACGCUCUGUAAACAAACGGGACUUAACGCCCUUCUGGCUCUUUGAAGGAAAUCCAAGGUACAAUUCAAUCAUGUUUGCGGAAUGAUAAUUUUGUGGCGAUACUAAUAACUCCAGAAAUUCGCGAAAGUUUCAAUCACACGCAAGUUUACGAUUUAACAGGAGGUAAUCGGAAUCUGUGGGGGAUAAACUGAAUUUCUGUUUAAUCGGAUAGAGCUACUUUGACAGGUUAUUAAAUACAUCCCUGUUUGAUAGUGGGGCCUCCAAUUGGAUGGCCAGUUCCUAUGUCGUUGGGUUUGAAUGCCCAGAGAAGAUAAUAUUGUUCCAUUCUGAUAGGAGUUGAAAACCCAGUGCCCAUGCAUGAAGUAUUCCUGAACCUCAUUUGUGUAGGGGUAAACUUAAAAACAAGAUCUAGGUGGAAUACAGAUGUUUUUUCUGUAAUGAAAUCAAUGACUUCGAUUCGAUUACUAAAUAUUCAGUUCCUCUAUUGCAGGUGCUCUAUUGGGAGUGGCUAUCUGAAUUAGAAUGUCAACAUUUUAGUUAUUUUUCUAUAUAUGUGAGCUCAUUGUAUUAGUAAUGAGAAGUUCAUGUACGAGUAUGAUUUUUUUCUCACUUUGUUUGAGCAACAAAUAAUUGUCCUUUCAGUAUGUGUAUACUUAUCACUUCUGUAUGAAAGGACGAAGUCACAUCUCCUUGUUUGUUUGUUUGUUUGUUUGUUUACUUUUCUUCCUCUGACCAUUCAGACAGUUUUAUGAGCCAUUCUGAUUUAAAGUGUACCAAUAACCUAAAAGGUGUAUUGCUAGAAUGUGUACAAUCAUUUAAGGGGUAUGAAGAAAACAACAAACAUAAAACGGCACUUGUAGACUUGUUUCUUUGCCUGCCCUAUUCUAUUUGAUCUAGUGUACUCUACAAAACGUUUCACUAGUUACCGAGUUUAUACUUCAAUAUUUCUUUAUAGAAGUAAUAGUUGAAGCUCGUAUGUAGAAAACGGUUGUUGAGCGACAUGGAACCUCUUAUAUUAAAAACAAAACAUGCUGUGAUGAUUGGUACACUUUAAGUCGCAAGUCGAGAAGUCAAUGUCAACUGUUAUUUCAAGCAAAUAUAGUCUAGAGUCAUUUUGUAUGUCCUUCUGGUGCUGUACUGUCACACAAAAUAGGGUUAAAUUCACUCAAAUAUAUACCUUGUUUCACACUAAAAACUUAUAUCAUGACUCUUUUGGAAAUAAUACGACAGCUGGGAGGAAUGUGAAACUGAUCUAGCUUUAUUUUCUUUUGAUGAGAUGUUAAUAAAUGAUCAUGAGCUGUUUGAAAGGGCUAGGAAAUUGGAAGUGCCUCUGUCAAAAAAGAAAAUUGUCUGAAACUCUGCUGCCCAGAUAUUUGAAUUGGCACUAAUAUGAUGACAUUUAUUCACUGCACUUGCAAUUUCGCCACUGGUUUCUUACAUCGAUAUAUGCUCAGACGCAGUUUCUUACAUAGGUUUGUAUCCUAGUUUGAGUGAAUGUUCCGUUUCUGUUUUUUUCUUCUCUUUUUGUAACUUCGUACUAUAAAGAACUUUCUGAGUUUUCUAGGAAGGGUACUACAUGUCUAUGUAUGUUUCAAGAAUUAUGAGUUUUAAUCAAAAUUUCUCUUUAUUUAUUUCAUGUAUUGUUUCAGUUGAUAAAGAUAUGUAUGUAGAUUUUUUGGAUUUUUUUUUGGAUUUUUUUUGGUGAGGCCUAAACGGGGAUUGUAGUUUUUUUAAUGUGCUGUGCUUAAAGCAAUACUGAUGUUAAAAAGGUGAUCGUCAAACUUUUGUGUACACUCUCACUGUUCAGUUGUUUGGUACACUGAGUCUUUAUUUUGUAACUUUCAAAGAGAGCGUAUUUGAUACAAUUUUUAUGUUCUGUGAUUGCAUUUGUUGGAAAAAACAAAAUAAUGAUUGAAAAAUAAAUGAUUAAUUAUACAUGA